CGGAAACAACCGCACGCAGACUCCAAAUCGUGAUAGCUGGAAGAGAAAUGACACAGGAGGAAAAGGAAAACACAGAGAGAACAGAACGGAGAUAGAAAGCCUUGCCUUUCAGAAACCCUAGCUCCCUCCCCAGUUUUCCCACCCCCAAUUUUCCCACCUCUCCAAAUUUCCCUCCCAAAUUUUCCAUGCAUUUCAGCUCGUAUUUGAGGAAAUAUAUUUGAGAAAGCUCUCUGGAUAAGAAUGCUAACGCAAAUUUUGUUGGGAUUCAAGAUCGUAUCAUUUUGGGAAGCACUGAUAACUAUUUUGUACUUAGUUAAUCAAGUCAAGCUUUUGAAUAAGGAAAAGGUUCCAUUUUCCCUGUAACUCUGUUUGGAAGUGGAGGUGAAAGGUGGUUUUUGGUUCACCUCUUCUGAAAGUUAGUUGCGUGUCACUGUCAAAUGUCAGAAGGUGUCAUGGCGGUAGUCAAACCUGAGAUGAAAUCUUACAUCUGGCUUCAAACUGCUGAUGGCUCAAUCCAACAAGUAGAAGAAGAGGUUGCCAUGUUUUGUCCCAUGAUUUGCCAAGAAAUAUUGCAAACAGGAAUGGGAUCUUCCAAAAACUAUGCUAUAUCACUUCCUCAACGAGUUAAUCCUGCCAUUUUGGGCUUAAUACUCGACUACUGUCGGUUUCAUCAAGUACCCGGUCGCUCUAAUAAGGAGCGCAAAACUUUUGAUGAGAAAUUUAUUCGAAUGGAUACAAAAAAGUUAUGUGAGUUGACGUCUGCUGCUGACAGCCUCCAGUUGAAGCCUUUGGUUGAUCUUACCAGCCGAGCACUUGCUCGAAUUAUUGAAGGAAAAACACCCGAGGAGAUACGCGAGACAUUUCAUUUACCGGAUGACCUCACAGAGGAGGAGAAGUUGGAACCUCUGAGGAACAUAACUGAUGAUCCGCGUAUCCGGCUCCUUAACCGGUUAUAUGCUAGAAAGAGGAAAGAAUUAAAAGAAAGAGAGAAACUGAAGAGUGUUGAGGCUGAGGAAGAGCAUGUCGAUGAGCGUUCAGUUGAUGAUCUUUUGACAUUUAUAAAUGGUGGAAACAGAGAAACAAAGGGGGUUAAGACCAAUAAGAAUAAAAAGAAAAAUCGAAGAAGAAAAGAUCAUCCAAAAGAUUCUUCAACCAAUGUAAAUGGACAUAACAAGGACUUGGAUGCGCUUUCUUCUGCUUCCCAAGAUGGUGACACUAUCAACGUUGAGUCUCCGUCUCCCAGUUCUUCAAAGUUGCAAGAUUCUACAUCUGUUACCUUUUCAUCAAAGCUUGACCUUGAUGAUGGUGAUUUGGAUGACGAUUUAGAUCCUGCCAUGAAGGAAGAACUUGACAGGGAAGUGGAGGAUUUUGCACGAAGAUUAAAUUCAGAUUGGCCAGAAAGGAUGCAGGAAAUUUUAUCCUUGGGCCAAGAGAGGAAACUUGCACCAAUAGAUAUAAACGGCAAUGGCUCUGCACGUAGAUAUAAAAGUGAUUUGCAGGUUUGGACAGGAGAUAAUGAUCUACGAGAGAGCACUAUUUAAUCCGAAUGUGCAGCAGCUUGAGUGAUUGGAAUAGAUGCUACCGAUGAGGUUUGCUGCUGCAGAAGCUUAGAAGAGAGCAGUGUUUUUGGUGUUGAUGGCAUGUGAGUACAUUUGUUUGUUUUUUCCAUCACCAAACGCAAUUUUCGUUCUGUGGGCAUCUUCUAUGGCGAAGAAAGGAAACGAAUAUAUGUCGAAAAAAAGAAGAGGAAGAUCCCACAAUUGGGAGCAUAGUUUUCCUCAUUGCCUUGAGCUUAUGUUCUCUUUUGUGGUUGUUUAUGAGGAGCAUACUUUGCUCAGUUUUUUUCCUUGAGCCGCCAUUGAUGGCGGCCCCCUCCUGUACUUUCUUGAAACGAUGCCGAAUUUUACAGAUGUACCUUUUCUUCUUCGUUUCAUAUAUAGGCCCCAUUUGGCUUUUACAGAGUCUUGCAAGAAGUUGUAAGCGCUUUCAGUUGAUGUAAUGAAAUCGAAAUGAAAAAUAAAGGUUAUUUAAAAAGCUUUGUACAA